AAAACAAAACUUGGAGAAAACGAAACUUGGUGCAACCAGUUUUACCCAAAACCGGGUCCUCCUCUUUGAAUAUAAUAAAACUCCAAACUCCACCAUAUUAUUCUCUUAACUAAAUCUCCCCUACCCUAAUCUCAUUAUAUUAUAUUAUAUUAUUCUCAAAUCAAACAUUCAUCUUCUUCAAAUCACAAUUUCAAUUUCAUCUUCUCAGAUCUGUUAUCAUCUGUUAAUCACUCAUCAUGCAUUCUAAUCACCUCCUUCUCGAAGAACCUAUUCGUAUGGCCUCGAUUCUCGAGCCUUCGAAGGCUAGUUUUUUCCCUGCGAUGACGAAAAUCGUUGGAACUUUAGGUCCGAGAUCGCGAUCGGUUGAGGUUAUAUCUGGAUGCCUGAAAGCUGGAAUGUCUGUUGCUAGAUUUGAUUUUUCAUGGGGAGACUCUGCUUAUCACCAAGAAACUUUGGAUAAUCUGAGGACGGCUGUGAAAAGCACUAAGAAGCUUUGUGCAGUAAUGCUUGAUACAGUUGGUGCUGAGAUGCAAGUUGUGAAUAAGAGUGAGAAGGCUAUUUCUCUUCAACAGGAUGAUAAUGUGAUUUUGACCCCUGACAAAGGUCAAGAAGCUUCUUCUCAAGUACUGCCAAUUAACUUUGAUGGACUAGCUAAGGCUGUGAAGAAGGGUGACACCAUUUUUGUUGGUCAAUACUUGUUCACAGGAAGCGAAACCACCUCUGUUUGGCUGGAGGUUGAUAAAGUUAAUGGGAAUGAUGUUGAUUGCAAGAUAAAGAAUUCUGCAACUCUAGCUGGUGCCUUGUUCACUCUCCAUGCCUCCCAAAUUCAUAUUGAUCUGCCUACUCUCACUGAAAAAGAUAAAGAGAAAAUUAGCUCUUGGGGCGUUGCAAACAAAAUUGACUUCCUUUCAUUGUCAUACACACGCCAUGCACAAGAUGUUCGUGAAGCACGCGAAUUUCUUUCGAAGCUUGGCGAUCUUAGUCAAACUCAAAUAUUUGCUAAAAUUGAAAAUGUUGAGGGUCUAACUCACUUUGAUGAGAUUUUACAAGAGGCAGACGGUAUCAUCCUUUCUCGUGGAAAUCUCGGCAUUGAUCUUCCACCGGAAAAGGUGUUCUUAUUCCAAAAAGCUGCUCUUUACAAGUGUAACAUGGCUGGAAAACCCGCAGUGGUUACUCGUGUCGUUGACAGCAUGACUGACAAUUUAAGACCAACUCGUGCAGAAGCAACUGACGUUGCUAAUGCUGUUUUAGACGGAAGUGAUGCUAUUCUUCUUGGUGCUGAGACUCUUCGUGGAUUAUACCCUGUUGAAACGAUAUCUAUUGUCGGUAAAAUUUGUGCUGAGGCAGAAAAGGUUUUCAACCAAGAUCUUUACUUCAAGAAAACCGUCAAAUACGUCGGAGAACCAAUGACUCAUUUGGAAUCAAUCGCCUCAUCUGCGGUUCGUGCGGCCAUUAAGGUGAAGGCAUCUGUUAUUAUUUGCUUCACCUCUUCCGGAAGGGCUGCAAGGUUAAUUGCAAAGUAUCGGCCAACAAUGCCGGUUCUGUCGGUUGUUAUUCCCAGGCUGAAGACUAAUCAAUUACGUUGGAGUUUUAGCGGCGCGUUUGAGGCAAGGCAAUCACUUAUCGUCAGAGGACUUUUCCCCAUGCUUGCUGACCCUCGUCACCCCGCUGAAUCUACAAGUGCAACAAAUGAAUCAGUACUGAAAGUUGCACUGGAUCACGGAAAAGCCUCGGGAGUGAUCAAGUCGCACGAUCGUGUUGUGAUCUGCCAAAAGGUUGGAGAUGCGUCUGUCGUUAAAAUCAUCGAGCUUGAAGACUAGAAACCAUCUGCUCGCAGCAUUUCCCGACGUUUGAUGUUAACUUUACGGCAUAAUUUUUUGGAAACGUGUUUGACGUUACGGUUAGGGGCGAUUUUUGGUUAUACAGAAUCUAGGUUCUGAUACAAUUAAUUUAUUUAUGCCCCUUCGUUUAUAUAUUUAAUGGCUGAUCGAGAUCUUGAAUAAAAACCAGUUUCUGGCUUUAUCGC